AUGGCAUAUCGACCAGCAGGUCUACGCAAGCCAGUAGCGCAACGUGAGCAAGGGCUAGGCAAACGUCGGCGCAGCCAGGACGAUACAAGUGAGACGUCUAGCUCCGCGACUCGGCGGCGUCUGAACACGGAACCCAAGGAAACCUCAGACCCUACCCCGUAUCCAGUUCCAGACGGCGUCAGUCUGUCCGACGGAGAAAUUGUCCUUUCGCCCACUAAUUCUGUGUCAGAUGAUAGACCCCCGGUGUCGGACGACCAAGUCAGUGAAUAUCACCUAAAAGGACAUGCAUACCAAGCAUGGAUUGCCGACCCAACUCUAGCCGGAUGCCGAUGUGGACGUGCAAGAAAGACAUUGUUCGAAUUACUCAACGCCAACAACGAGAAAGAGAGAUUCACUUGUCCAGAGAACCAUUUCGGUGACCCGCCUCUAUACAUUCAAGUGGACUUGCAACAAUUAGGGCUCCCAACAAGCCAAGAAAAGUACCGCUUCGCAAGACUGUUACACUACGGUUAUGACAGGAACAGCGACAAGAGGGAAAGCCAGUAUCAACAUUCCAUUGCGGAAGGCGUUCUAAUUGCUGAAUGUAUUUAUAGAUACGCGGGACCUCAUUGGUCCAAUAUCGCCAUUGCUCAAUACAGCUUUGACCAUCCCAUCGAUACUCUCAAAUAUCUUUAUUUUACUAAUGUCCAGAACGACGAGACCUUGCCCUACCUGCAGGAAAUCCUUUACCCGAGAUAUGAUGUGGACUGGCCCAAGCUCCAUCGAAUCGAGAGUCAAACAUGGGAGUAUGAUACCGACGAGUAUAAAGAGAUCCUAGGUACAAAGCUAGGGAAGGCAGCGGCGUGCCUUGUGAUAGGGGCUUGGGAGAGAGGUACGCAUCGCAUCGCUAGAAUUCACACUCUCGGCCGUAACUACGAGAUACACCUACGAUUUGAUAUAGAGGCAUUGCCUACGUCGCUAACCGAUUGA